AUGGCCGAGACGAGGAAUUGCACUCCCUACGCCGCCUUGGUCUUCUUCUUCCUCUUCUACUUACUUGUGAUAGAUCUAUGCUGUCAAUGUCGUGGUGAAAAUACAGAUGAUACAACCAUGUAUGAACUGACACGGUCCCUCUAUGGGGUUCCUUCCAACUGGAAGCCCCAGUUAGAUCCUUGCACCUGGGAUGAUGCUAUUUGCUCCCGCGACCGCGUAAUUGCAAUAAAUCUUGCUCAGAGCGGUAUUUCCGGAAGCCUUUCACCAACACAUGGAAAUCUUACCUCACUCACGUCUCUUCAACUGGAGUUCAACAACAUUUGCGGCCCUCUACCUCGCCUCAGCAAACUCUCCUCGCUCCGGAAGAUAUACCUCCAAGCCAAUUCCUUUGAUUCCAUCCCAAGUGGAUUUUUCAUCGGACUCUCCUCCCUCCAAGAGAUCUCUUUAGAUGAUCUCCCUCUCACCACUUGGAGCCUCUCCCAGGACAUCACUUCCGCAACUAGACUCGUCUACUUUUCCGCCAUCAACGCUUACCACACAGGCUUGAUUCCCGACUUCCUUGGCUCCUUAUCGAGCCUCGACAUUCUCCAUCUCUCUUACAACUUGCUCACCAGCCCCCUCCCGAGCUCCUUCGUCGGCUCCAUCCUCACGAAACUCUUCCUUGAUCACCAGCAAUCUCGUGACAAGAUCUCCGACUGGCCAAUUCCUGAUCUAUCCAACCUCAAGGUCCUUGAAUCCUUCGAGGUCCAUGGCAACUCCCUCAUGGGCAUUAUGCCGCAAUCUCUCGCUGCCUGCCUUUGCCUUAGGAUUGUGAACCUCUCUAACAACAUGUUACAGGGCCCUCUUCCGUCGUUCACCAUCAAAUCCUUCAUUCAGUUGUUAUUAAGCAACAAUAAUCUCACCGGAACAAUCCCUGAUAGCUUGGCUCAGAUCCAUAUUCUCAAAAUAUUAGAUGUCACUAAUAACAACCUCAGUCGGGAUAUGCCAAAAUUUCAUAGCUCUGUUAAGGUUGAAACUGAUGGAAAUCCCAAUCUUUGUAACAACUCUGACUCAAGAGGUGAAAUAUCUUCUCCAACAAGUGGGGCACCUAGUCCUCUAGACAAACUCUCAAUUGUGGGUAUCAUCAUAGCUGGGGUGGUUCGUAUAGCUUGUUCAGUAGGACUUUUACUGUAUCACCUCAUAAAGAAGAACAAGAAGAAAUUUGAACUUAGCAUUGAGAAUGUAAAUGCAUACCGUGAUGAACCUAAAAGCUUGCAUAUGUCUAUUCAAGCAUUGAAAAUGACCACAAAUAAUUUCAGUGAGGAUUUUAUAUUGGAUAAGGGCGGUUUUGGAAUCAUUUACAAAGGAAAUCUCAGUGGAACAUUAAUUACUGUGAAGAAAAGUAUAUCUGAUUUCAUGGGUCAAAAUGGCCAACAAGAGUUCAAAAAAGAGAUUGAUGUUCUUAAAAAGCGCCGACGCCACAGAAGCCUCGUUCCUUUGCUCGUCGCCCUCGGCGUGGGGAUCCCGUUCGCCGGACAUUGA